AAGGCAAUGCGACUGAUACAUUUCCAGUGCUGGCCAGAGACAGACACAAGUGCAGAUUUUGGUGAUGAUGAUGUAGACCAGGUUAUUAGUCACUUCCGACCUCUUCUACUGACAGCUGGAGUGGAUAUUGACUUGAUUCCAGAUCAAUGGACCAUUCUGAAAACACAACUUUACACUGCAGGUUUCAGCCAAGGGACCAUUGAGAAGACAUGGCCUGCAGUAAACAGAAUGCUGCGCCAUGAGUGUCCUGAUGUCCUACACCUGUUUGAUGCCCUGCUCACCAUUCCGACAAGUACAGCUGACUGUGAGAUGGGGUUUAGUGUCAUGAAGCAGGUUAAGAGUGACUGGCGCUCAAGCCUGAAAGGGGAGACACUAGCUGACCUUUUGAAAACACAGUUGUGCUCACCGGACAUCAAAGACUUCGACCCACGCAAAGCCAUAGAAAUCUGGCAUGGUGACAGUGUGCGCACACGCCGGCCACACUUUGUGAGGAAGAAAAAUGGAACUGAUGUAGAUGGGGGCUCUGAGUCAGAGUCCUCAGAGAGCUCUGCCUCUGAUGAUGUUUAACCUGUCUCUUUGUACAUAAUACAUUUGUGUAAUUUUGUACAUUAUCUGCACUAAAACAUGUUUAGAGUUGUUUAAAGUUUUAAGUUGUAAAACGCUGGCCCCAGCCCCACCUUCUAGCGGUUAGGAUUUAAUUUUAAUUGGAUAUACAUUCCCAACUUCACUGUAAGAUGAAUUUAAAGCUUUAGUUAAUAAAAUGAUCAAAUUAAUUCAGUGGCUCUCAUAAUCUGUCUUUUUUGCACGGGAAAAAAUGUGGCUAGUGGAAAUUCUGAUUGGCUGGUAACUUCAGAAACUUACCAGCCACAUUGGCUGGUGAUCAAAAAAGUUAAUUUAGAGCCC